AUGAAUGGUGGUGGCAGGGGAGGUCGAGCUGGAGAGGAUCUGAAUCAGGGUGGAGGGGGUGGAAGUGGUGCUGGUCGUGGAGGAGUUCCACCCGAGCCAGGAGCUCGAACUUUCGGGAGGGGCAAUGGUCCCAACCAGGGUUCUGGUUUCCAUCAAAUGGCGGGCAACAAUGGAGCAAAUCCGAAUUUUCGUUUUGGGGAAUCCAGUGGUUCUGCCAAUCAGCAUCAGUAUGUCAACAACCAGAGGAUAUUGAAUCAGCAAGGUAACUACAAUGGAAGAAAUUUCAACUCCAAUAAUUUUGCUAGAGGUUUUCAGAGAGGAAGAGAUUCAAAUUUCAAUUAUAGACGUAAUGCUGAUUUCCAAGCGGAAAGGGAUGGCAUUGAGCACUUGCCAGCUGGCCUCAGAGAAAUCUGGAUAGACAUCAGCGGUGAAAGACGUGAGGAUAGAGAGGCUCUGAAGUCUUCGUUGAAGAACGCGUUUGAGGAGCAUCAUCCCGGCGCUGCCUUAGAGAUCCAUCGUUAG